GAGUUGUUGACACGUGCAGCAUCAGCAAGCACCGCUGGGGGAGGGAGGGGGUCAGCGGAGGAGACGCUCCACCAGAUGCGCUCCAUGGCGGCCGCAGGCAGCGGGUGCUCGGCCGGACGGAACCAGCUGCACGACUCGUCGGAGUCGGACUCGGAGCCGGAGGCAGGUCCGGCUCGGCCGCAGUGCGCCGGACCCCGGCUCGGUUCUGUCCCCCGCAGCCAGGUCAUCCACAGCGGACACUUCAUGGUGUCGUCGCCCCACAGCGACUCCACGGCGCGCCGCAGGAAGCGCGGCGGUUCGGCCCGGUACGACUUCGACACGGUGAACAGGACGUGGUGCCAGACGUACCGGUACCAGUCCGGGAGCCUGAGCAUCGACCCGACUCUGACCCGGCUGUUUGAGUGCAUGUCCCUGGCUUACAGUGGAAAAAUAGUUUCCCCUAAAUGGAAGUCGUUCAAAGGUCUGCGUCUGCUCUGGAGGGAUAAAAUCCGUCUGAACAACGCCAUCUGGAGAGCUUGGUUCAUUCAGUAUGUGGAGAAAAGGAAGAACCUGGUGUGUGGGUUUAGCUCUCCGCUGGAAGGCUCAGAGGCAGAAGCUCAUCGAAAGCCUGAAGCCAUCAUAUUGGAAGGCAGCUACUGGAAGAGGAGGAUUGAGGUGGUCAUCAAGGAAUAUCACAAGUGGAGGAUUUACUACAAGAAGAGGCUUCAGAAAAAGAAGGAUGAUAUUCUGUCCAUGCUACAAGAGGGACACAUCUGCCAGGCCAAGCUGGACAAAAAGUCCAAUCAAAGCCUCCUGGAGCCUGAGUUCGCUCCAGUGGAGGUGCACAUGUUUGACCUGGACUGCCUUCUGUCCGACAUCUCCGACACUCUUUUCACCAUGACACAGACACCGUGUCCAUGGAACAGUGACCGGCACAAUGCGUACACCAGCAAUGCUGACAUCAUUCAGCCGGGCCUGACUCCACUGCAGCCCAACCUGGAUGAUUUCAUGGAAAUACCAGAUAUUUUUAUCAACUACCGAGCCCAGCCCACUGAACAGACUGGUUUUACUGACUGUAGUUAUUUUGAGAGCUCAUCCAGUGCAACGUUUGCUCCUGUUCCCUCCCCUGUGGUAACCACCACCCAGCUGCUUAUUGACACCCAGCUGGCUCAGCCUAAUCUGUCAUCUGACAGUUUGCCUUCUACAUCCAACACUUGCUCAGACCAGACCAGACCGGGUCAGGAGUGCAGCAAAUACCACACAUCCAGCAUGGUAUCAGGAGCCUUGCCAUAUGGACAUCAGUCAUACCACGAUGCACCAGUUUCUGUUGCUUUCACCAGUGGCAGUGACCAACUGGCCUCUGCUAGUAUUUCUUUUCUCAAUCCGCUGCCUUGCCACAAGUUUGGCUUCUACACAACAACCAGCAUGACUUCCACAGUCAUCACUCAUACUGCCUCCACCAUGGGCGCUCACAGUUCUGUGUACCAGAAUGACAGCUACCCUCAAGCUGUGGAAGCAUACUCCCAGACUCAAUGCCAUUCUCCCAGUUACCCAGUUGGCACAUCUGACCCACCAGUCCACUCUGCGCUCCCUCCUGUCACAGCAGCCCACUGUCUCUCUGUCCCAGAGCAAGUGGUCCUUUCAGGAGUCAGGGGGAAGCACAAGCAAAAGACAGGAGGAGUGAAAACUGUUGGCCCCUCUGUCUUAACAUCUGACCCCCAGUCCAGUGCCCCCAUGCCCACAAGCUGCUUAGCUAAACUUCUUUCCACCAACACCCAUGAACGAAAGCCAAAACUUGGAUUUAAUAAAACUCCCCUGGUGACUACCAAAGGUCAGAGGUCAACAUCUACCAGCUCUUUGCAGACAAGCAGGAUUACUCAUGUUAGUGGAGUUUCCUCACAGCUGCAGCAUGGAGCCGGAUGGCCCGCAGUGACGCCUCUGCACGGACACGGUGCCGCCCUCGGACACAGCGGACCUCACGCCGGCACCUCAAGAGGCUCGGCGGUGUCUGCCCUGCUCACCCACAGCUCCACAAACACCAGCACAACCCUCCGCAUUCCCAAGACUGAGAAACUCUCACCUGUUCAGCUUUACGACACAGACAGGAGCAGCAUGACGGUUCAUUUUCCUGCACAUCCUGGACAAAUCUCUCCACCAAAUCCUUUAGACAAAGCCUCCAACCCCGAGUCCCCACAGUCUGGCUUCUCAGGACAUGGAAAACUAGAAUUCAAUAAGCAAACAGAGACCAGGAGGAUUACUCACAUCUCGGCCGAGCAGAAGAGGCGGUUCAACAUCAAACUGGGGUUUGAUACUUUACAUAACCUUGUGACAACGCUCAGCUCGCAGCCAAGCAUAAAGAUCAGUAAAGCCACCACACUGCAGAAGACGGCUGAGUACAUCAGUAAGAUGCAGCAAGAGAGAGCUCAGCUGCACGAGGAGGUUCAGAGACUCCGAGAGGAGAUCCAGCACCUCAAUUCUACCAUCAACGCAUGCCAGCUGCAGCUUCCAGCCACCGGUGUUCCCAUCACCCGGCAGCGCUUCGACUACAUGAGGCAGAAGUUCAGAGAGUACGUCCGGGCUCAGACUCUGCGAAACUGGAAGUUCUGGAUUUUCAGCAUCAUCAUUGAACCUCUGUUUGAAUCCUAUAAUGGGAUGGUCUCUACAGCCAGUGUGGAAGAUCUGUGUCGGUCCACUUUAUCCUGGUUGGACCAGCACUGUGCCCUGCCUGCCCUCAGACCCAUGGUUCUGAGUUCACUCCGUCUCCUGAGUACCACCACAGCCAUCCUGACAGACCCGAGCUUACUGCCUGAGCAGGCCACGCUCGCCGUCAUGCACGGUGACCCCCCUGCUGCCAUGGACCACUCCUUACAGCCCGUCCCUCGGCAGUAGUCCACAGCCCUUAUGGACCUCUGAAGAAAACCUUAAAAAAAGAUAGCCUGUGGGCUCAAAGCUAAACUACAAGACUGUUAAUAAUAAAGAAGAAUGAUCACAUUUAUAACGAAACUCAGCAGAUAACAGGAAGUGGUCCAGCUCGCUUAAGAAUGAUUAAAACUAAACAGGAUCAACACUUCAGAUGUGUGCUUUAAAGUGUUUUACAGCUCGCGUAAUAUACGGGACACUAAUUUCUAAACCUCAACUGAAGAUGCCAAUCACAUGACUCGUGUAAUUUUUAUUUAUUUUAUGUUAAAAUUUUAUGUUAAAAAAUGUUUACUUAAAAAGAAAGAAUAAUAUUGGUUUAUAAAGACAGUCCCU